AAUCCAUGAUGAGACUAAUUCAAGGACGCUGGACAGAGGUCAGUGCGUUUCGCGAAUCUUAAAAACUCUGGACAAAGGAAAGAUCCACGCAUUUGCAAUCAACAAGUCAAAGCGUAAAUACCUUCGUUGACCGUAUUAGUGCGGUAAUAUUCUCGAAGCAAAAUGUUGAAAUUAGUGGUUUUGACAGUACUGCUUUUCUGCAGUGCCAUAGCAGAAGAGUGUGAAAACAAGGAGGAACAAUGUCCAGCUACAACACGAGCAUUUUUUAAUCAGGACAAAGAUUGGGCUCAAGCCACGACAAUUUAUGAUUUUCAUGCUCGAGAUAUUAAGGGCAAUGAUGUGUCAUUAGACAAAUAUCGUGGUCAUGUUUGUAUAAUUGUUAAUGUAGCCAGCAACUGUGGACUAACUGACACGAAUUACAAAGAACUUGUACAAUUGUACGAAAAAUACAGCGAGAAAGAAGGAUUAAGGAUUCUUGCAUUCCCAUCUAAUCAGUUUGGUGGUCAAGAACCAGGAUCUGCAGAACAAAUUUUGGAUUUUGUCAAAAAAUACAAUGUCACUUUUGAUGUUUUUGAAAAGGUUGAUGUUAAUGGAGACAAUGCUCAUCCUCUAUGGAAAUGGUUGAAGACACAAGCAGGUGGAUUUGUGACAGAUGGUAUCAAAUGGAAUUUCACUAAAUUUAUCGUAAACAAAGAAGGGAAAGUUGUGUCUAGAUACGCACCUACGACUGAUCCCCUGCAAAUGGAAUCUGAAUUGAAGAAAUUAUUUUAAACUUCUCUAUAUUUUUGCAUGCCUGAAUCCAGUUUUGACAGCAUUCUGUUUUACUACUCAAUUAUAAGAACAAAUUAUAUGUCUAGCAUCGUAACUUUUGUAUCUUCUAGAAUCUAGAUUAUAAGCUAAGCAUGAAGUUGUCUUUCGUAUGGCAAGGUAGUUUCUAGAAUAAGUGUACAACAUUGUUAUAUGUGCCAGAUUCCUUGAUAAUAAAAUCCUUUUCAUAGUUUA